AUGGAAUCGGAGGGGCGGGAUAAGGCGUAUCGAUUUGUUACAUACACGGCUGCAGCUUUCAGCGUCGUCGCUAUCCUGUCCAUAUGCAUCACGUUGCCGAUGGUCUACAACUACGUCCAGCAGGUGCAGGACACGGCCCGAGAGGAUUUACAUUCGUGUAAAGUCUCGGCCAAGGAAGUACUGACGGAGAUGCGCCAGCAGCAACCGGUCGUAAUGGAGGUUCUUUCCAGAAACCACACGAUCGCCAAGCGACAGGUGCCUGUGCCGUGCAAAGGACCUCCCGGUCCUCCUGGACCCGACGGAGAACCUGGAAAUCCCGGACCAUCUGGCCCCGCUGGAAUCGACGGCAAAUUCGGCAGCGCUGGACCACAUGGACCUCCAGGACCACGGGGUCCACCUGGCGAAGACGGAAAGGACGGAGAACGCGGUGAGCCUGGACAAGACGCUAUCUCAAUACCGGCUCUUCCUGGCGACGCUGGUCCUUCUGGUGACCCAGGUCCACCCGGUCCACGUGGUCCUCCUGGCAAACCUGGUGCUCCCGGCGAACCGGGCAUGAUCGGUAUGAAAGGCCCACCUGGACCGCCAGGCGAUGCAGGUCCCGAUGGUGCUCCAGGCAAGCCAGGCCCACGUGGUCCGGAAGGUCCUCCUGGCGAAAAGGGUAUUUGCCCCAAGUACUGUGCUCUGGAUGGUGGCGUUUUCUUCUCAGAUGGUACCAGGCGAUAA